ACUACUUCACCACUACUUCACUCCGGCCACUGCAGCCUGAAUUUCUUUCACUGAUUCAUCAUCCCUCCCUCUCCCGCUCCCUAUUCCCUUCCCUCUUCCAUUCCCUCAUCUCCCUCCUCCUCCUCCUCUUCUUCCUCUCUCUCAUUGCCAUUGCCGUCGGACCAUGCAAUAACUCACCCAUUGCCUUGCACGAAUCCACCAUGGCGACCAUCUUGACCGCGGGCGAGGCUGUGGCCCGCAUCGCCUACCUCUCCUCCGACUCCAUCGUCUCCGUCCAGCCUUCUCUCGCCACCCACUCCGACUUCUCGCGCUUUCUGGCCGAAUACGCCGUCAACAACGCCACUUCCGUCGUCAGCGACUCGCCCGAGCUCAUCUCUGUGCGCCAUAACAACGACCCUCUGUUAGAUGUGUACUCGAGAGUGCGCGCCGGCAAACUCACUGCAGUGACGACCAGUAGUGAUGUGCUGGUCAGGAGCAUCCCCCACCUAUACCGUCUGGCGCAGUACCCGCUUGUCAUCCAUGUGAGCCUGCAGCCGAGCGGAUACCCAGACUAUGGCGACAUCACCAGCAUCAGAAAUGCGGGCUUCACCUUCCUGCAGAGUACGACGCUGCAGGAGGCACAGGACUUGGCAUUGACGGCACACGCAUUGGCCAUCCGCUCCGGCAAGGGUGUCGUGCAUUUCUUUGAUGCUUCUAAUAGCAAGCAGGACACGCCCAUUGCGCGUGAGGAUCGCAGCGUGGUGGAGGAGACGCUGAACAUCGACCUUGCGAGGAAUAGACAAAGUACCACCAUCCAGGAAACUGGAAUAUACGUCAGCGAAGGCCUUGCUCCCACGUCUGCGAGUCUGCAGCAGCGGAGUGGCAACAGUGACCUCCCACCAACAACGAAUGUCACAUCGGGCGCCACCACACCCUCCAAGGAGCAAUCCUCCGCCUCUUCGACCACAUCUUCAUCAGAACGCAAGAACAGCAGUUCGGGCGCGUCCGAGGCCGAGUCUGCCACCACGGUCGACUCUCAGCCCAAACCGACGAGCUCUGAGGAUAUCGACACCACUUGUGCCGCUAUCUGGGCACAAAUCAAGGCCAAGACGGGCCGUUCAUACAGCGCCUUCAACUACACAGGUCCUCAGAAUGCAGAGAACGCCUUGUUCCUGUUCGGAAGCGAUCCAGGCCUUUUUAGCGCUGAAUUCGAUGCUGCAACCCCCGCAGACUUCUUCUCCAGCGUGGGCUUGAUCACGCCUGUACUGUACCGACCAUGGCUGACGGAGCGCUUGACCGAGGUCCUCCCCAAGAGCGUCAAGCGAAUUGCAGUCCUCGAGCAAAUCAAGAGAAAGACGACCAAAUGGGGACCUAUUCUGCUGGAUUUGCUGAUGUCUCUCAAAGCCAGCUCACAAGCCGCUUCGCCGUUAAUCGUGGGCUACCAACUGGGAUACAUUGAAUAUUCCACCAUUACGCAGGCACUGAGUGGCAUUUUCCAGAAUCUGACUGCAAAGGACCCCAUCCAGAAUCUCAAAAUUGGUGCCCACAAUGGCCCAUCGAAGGCGGAGAUUACUCUCCAACAGCCGGCACUGGAAAACGCAUAUAUGAAGAUUCUGGAUCAACUCUUUGGGCAACGACUGUACAUUGCCAAUGCACUCCAGUCGAACCAUGCGGGAAUCAACCACAUCAUCAAGGCGAGCCCCGAGUUCGGUUUCGGCUCAUUGCUGGCGAGGAAGGAACACCGUGCACGAUUCAUCUCCGAAGUGCAGGCUGCCGCAAAGUCCAGGAGCUUCACCACCGAUGCGCCGCUCCAGUGGCUGUCGCAAUGGGCAUUGAUCGCCGAAGACACGGAAAAGGCAAACCAGCUCGCACCCGAAGUCCUCUCCCGACUCGCGAACGAUGGCUCCCCUGCCGCAGCCCAACUGCUGGGCUCCAAAGGGUUGUUCUUCAAGGAGUCACAGUGGCUGGUGGGUAGCGAUGCGUGGAGCUACGAUCUCGGCAACAGUGGUGUGCAUCACGUGCUUGCCAGCGGCGAGAAUGUGAACAUGCUCAUCAUUGACUCGACACCGUACAGCGAGCGAGCAUCAGUGGACGCGGCACGAAGGAAAAAGGAUAUUGGCCUCUACGCCAUGAACUUUGGCAAUGCGUACGUGGCCAGCACUGCCGUCUACAGCAGCUAUACGCAAGUGCUGCAGGCCAUGAUGGAAGCGGAAGCAUUCAACGGCCCUUCUGUGGUCCUAGCCUACCUCCCAUAUCACCACGAAAAUGAGAACCCUGUCCAUGUGCUACAAGAAACGAAGAAGGCUGUAGACCUGGGGUAUUGGCCACUCUACCGGUGGGAUCCCCGGGCGGAAGAGCGGGGCGACGAGACGUUCAAGCUCGACUCGGAACGUAUCAAGGAAGAGCUGAAGGAGUUUUUGAAGAGGGACAAUUACAUGACCCAGAUCAUGAAGAGACACCCAGAGUUUCAUGCUAGCUUGUCCGAGUCCUAUGGUUCCGAGGUUCGCAAGGUACAGAAGAGGAAGGCUAAGGAUGCGUACGAGGUUCUCCUCGAAGGUCUUCAAGGAGCUCCUAUGACGGUGCUCUUUGCCUCCGAUGGCGGUAAUGCAGAGAAUCUUGCGAAGCGAUUAGCGAACCGGGGCAAGGCUCGAGGCCUCAAGUCAAUGUUCAUGGCUAUGGACGACUAUCCCGUCGAGGACCUCAACAAUGAGGAGAAUGUCAUCUUUGUUUCAUCGACUGCCGGUCAAGGUGAGUUCCCGCAGAAUGGACGCAACUUCUGGGAAGCGGUCAAGAACUCGACCGAUCUGGAUCUGGUCAAUGUCAAGUUCAGCACCUUUGCGCUGGGCGAUUCGCACUACUGGCCUCGUAAGGAAGACAAGCAUUACUACAACAAGCCUGGAAAGGAUUUGCAUGCUCGUCUGCUGGAGCUUGGUGCGCAGCAGUUAGUCGCGUGCGGUCUGGGUGAUGACCAGGAUCCGGACGGCUACCAGACGGGCUAUCAAGAGUGGGAGCCUAAGAUCUGGGAUGCGCUGGGUGUGGGUAAUGUGGAGGGCCUGCCCGAAGAACCCGCGCCCAUCACCAAUGAGGACAUCAAGAUUGGAUCCAACUUCUUGCGUGGUACGAUUGUGGAGGGCCUGCAGGACCCUUCUACGGGUGCCAUCAGUGCGGCGGACCAACAGCUGACCAAAUUCCACGGUACAUACAUGCAGGACGAUCGUGAUUUACGUGACGAGCGUAAGGCGCAGGGGCUCGAGCCCGCGUACAGCUUCAUGAUUCGCUGCAGACUGGCCGGUGGUGUGGCAACUCCGGAUCAAUGGGUCCAGAUGGACGACAUUGCCAACAGCCUGGGCAACGAGACCAUGAAACUGACCACACGACAAACCUUUCAAUUCCACGGUAUCGUCAAGGCGAAGCUCAAGCCUGCCAUGCAAGCUAUCAACCGCGCCCUCAUGACCACCAUUGCUGCGUGCGGCGAUGUCAACCGCAACGUCAUGUGCUCUUCAUUGCCGACGAUGAGCGUGUUGCACGGACAGGCACACGCUGCUGCCAAGAAGAUCUCCGAUCAUCUGUUGCCCGGCGCCGCUUCGAUUGCGUACCAUGAGAUCUGGUUGAAGGGUAUGGAGGGUGAGAAGGACCUCAAGCUUGCCGGUGACGCGGUGCAGGACUUGGAGCCCAUGUAUGGUCCAACAUACUUGCCACGUAAAUUUAAGAUCACGAUCGCCGUGCCUCCGCACAAUGACACCGAUGUCUACGCCCACGAUAUUGGGCUCAUUGCGAUUCAAGGUGAGGACGGUCAGCUUGCGGGCUUCAACGUUCUCGCUGGAGGUGGUAUGGGGGCGACGCACAACAUGAAGAAGACGUACCCGCAGAUCGGCCGCAUGUUCGGAUAUGUGCCCAAGGAUGAGGUACAUAUUGCUUGCGAGAAGAUCAUGCUGAUUCAGCGUGACAACGGUGAUCGCAAGAACCGCAAGCAGGCUCGUCUGAAGUACACCAUCGAUCGCAUGACGGUAGAGGGCUUCAAAAGCGAGGUGGAGCGCAUUUGGGGGAAGAAGUUCGAGGAGCCACGACCGUUCAAGUUUGAGAGCAACGUGGACUCGUUUGGUUGGCUGAAAGAUGAACGCGGGUUGAACCACUUCACCAUGUUCAUCGAGAACGGUCGCAUCGAGGACACUGCGGACUUCAAGAUGAAGAGUGGUCUCCGCGAGAUCGCCCAGCACCACAAGGGCGAAUUCCGCUUGACCGGUAAUCAGCAUCUCAUCCUGUCGAACGUCGCAGAUGCAGAUCUUCCACAGAUGAAGCAAUUGCUGGCCAAGUACAAGCUGGACAAUGUCAACUUCUCCGGUCUGCGACUCAGCUCUUCCGCCUGUGUUGCCUUUCCCACAUGCGGCCUGGCGAUGGCGGAGUCGGAGCGAUACCUGCCCGAGCUCGUGACGAAGCUCGAGGGCGCACUGGAAGAGAAUGGGCUCCGGCAAGAGAGCAUCGUCAUGCGCAUGACGGGCUGCCCCAACGGAUGUGCUCGUCCGUGGCUGGCGGAGGUGGCAUUUGUCGGCAAGGCAUAUGGGGCGUACAACAUGUAUUUGGGAGGCGGCUACCACGGCAACCGGCUGAAUAAGCUGUAUCGCAGUUCGAUCAAGGAGGAAGAGAUUUUGGAGAUUAUGAAGCCCAUGCUGAAGCAGUAUGCUCUGGAGAGAAACGAGGGUGAGAGAUUUGGCGAUUUCGUCAUUCGGAAGGGCAUCAUUGUGGCCACGAAGGGUGGACAGGAUUUCCACGAGAACACUGCCGAGCUCGAGGAAGACGAUGAGUAAAGAGAGCAUGUGGUGCUUCAAUUCCAGUGGGGAAAAAAGGUUCGAAUCAGUAUAGAAUCAAUUACUUGGAGGGGCUGCAUAGCGAGGCGUUUGUGGGGUGCGCGAUCCUUCUUGCAGCAUCGUGUUGGGGUAGCAUAGCGCUUCCAUGGGAAUAAAAAGCGACGCAUUGUAUAUAUGAUGCUCCGUAUCGUGCGAAGAUGAUGAAGUGUUGGUUGCCACUACGGGAGCAAGCUGACAUGUGAGAACUUAUG